AUGUCAACCGGACCUCUUCGCAGAGGUCUCUCGCAGAUCCUCAAAAAAGACCCCUCAGACAUCGUAAUUCUCUCUUCCCUCCGCACUCCCAUAACCCGUUCCUACAAAGGACAGCUCUCCUCUGCCUACCCCGAACAACUCUUACACAGCGUUCUCAAAGCCACACUCUCCGCCAAUCCCUCUCUCGACCCCGCGCUCAUCGACGACGUAUGCGUCGGUGUUGUUCUCUCUGAGCUCGGCGGCUCGAAAGCCGGCCGUAUGGCUAUGAACCACGCGGGCUACGAUACCCGCACCUCGUUCUCGACGGCCAACCGCGCGUGCAGUUCGGGAUUGCAGGCUAUUACUAACAUUGCAAAUUCGAUUGCGAUGGGCGGGAUUAAUAUCGGUGUUGGAGGCGGAAUGGAAAGUAUGACGAGGAAUUAUGGUUCGAAAGCUAUUCCUGUGGAUUUGUGGCCGGAGCUGAAGGAUGCGGAGAGAGAUACGAAGGAUUGUAUUAUGCCAAUGGGUCUUACGAGUGAGAAUGUCGCGAGUAGAUAUGGAGUUGGCAGAGAAGAACAGGAUAAGUUGGCGGUGGAGAGUCAUCGCCGUGCGGCGGAGGCACAGGAGAAGGGGUGGUUUGAUGAGGAAAUCGUACCGGUUACUACGAUGUGGCAGGAGACUGGCAAAGGAGGUGUGAAAGUAGGAGAACCUAAGGAAGUUACUGUUACAAAAGAUGAUGGGAUUAGAAAGGGUGCUACGUUGGAGAGCAUGCAGAAGCUAAAGCCUGCGUUCAAGGAGGACGGUGCUUCGACUGCGGGUAACUCGUCGCAGAUUUCUGAUGGUGCAGCAGCUACAUUGAUGAUGCGUCGUAGCACUGCCACCUCACUUGGAUUACCUUCUUCGAUUAUUGGCAAAUGGGCCGGUACAGCGAUAGCUGGAUGUCGUCCCGAUGAAAUGGGAAUUGGACCUGCGCUCGCCAUUCCAAAGCUGAUGGAGCAAGCUGGCAUUCAAAAGGAAGAGGUCAAUGUGUGGGAGAUUAACGAGGCAUUUGCCAGUCAAGCCAUCUAUUGUGUGAGGGAAUUGGGAUUAAUGGGUGCAUAUGAGAAGGGCGAUGUGAAUCCAAAGGGGGGAGCCAUUGCAUUGGGUCAUCCAUUGGGUGCUACUGGAGCAAGAAUGGUGGCAGGUUUGUUGGCAGAGUUGAAGAGAAGAGAUCAACAGGUGGGUGUUGUCAGUAUGUGUAUUGGUACCGGAAUGGGAAUGGCAGGGAUGUUUGUUAGGGAAUAA